UAGAUACCAAUACACGCAGACCGAACAAAAAUGGCGGAUAUUGAGUGAAAUUUUCUGUGAUAUUUUUCUGUUCAUUAUCCUGACAGAAUGGGGAUAAACCAGAGUAAGAAUCUGCACGCCAUCAGCGAGUUUGACAAGCAACACAUCCCGACGCUCAAUGGGGAGAUCCCCGAGCAGAAGCAGGACUUGCCCCGACCCAGCAGCCUCAUCACGACCAAAGACGAGUUCUUCAAGAUGCCGAUGUACAAGGACAUCGAUAGUUACAUACUACAGGCACCAUCCAAGCUGCUGGUUGGAACCUUUGAUGACGUCAUCAACUUUUUUAAAUUCCGUGACUACUGGAACGAUAUGGCACUGACUCGCGCCAUUUUUCUGUGGGUCGUGCAUCAAGAUAUUUAUAACUUGAAGGCCGCUGAUGAGCCGCCCCCAAAUUCCCCCCUCGAGUUUUUCAUCAAAAUGCAGACCAGCCAGGGUGGAUACGCCCACCUAAUAUGGGGUCUCUGCAACAUGCUAGGCGUCCCUUGUGUUAUUAUUAAUGGAAUGACUAAAAGCGCCGCCUAUGAAGUCGGAGGCAAAGUGAACCGGGAGAACAUGGGAGCUCAGUGGAACGCCGUCUUUCUAAAGGGAGAGUGGCGCUUUAUUGACGCAUUCUGGGCGUCAGCAUGCGUCGUUGGAAAGAAGUCCAAGGAGUGGAAAUUAGUGGACGCUGACGGAAACUACGUUGAUGAAGACGAAGAUGAUGAUGGUGCCUACCAGCAUGUCGAAAACGAGGUCAAUGAGUUCUAUUUCCUGACGGACCCUCAAAAGUUCAUCUGGACCCACUACCCUGACGAGGACGAGUGGCAGUGUCUGGAGAGCACGAUCUCGGUCACGGAGUUUGAGGAGCACGUCUAUCUCCGGGAACGCUUUUACUCCAUGAACAUCAACUUGUUUGACGAGUUCCAGUUCAAAGAGAUUAUUAUACCGGAAGAAGGGGAACUCGGGUUACGGUUUGGGUUUCCAGAGGAAAAGACGGAAGACCUACAGUUCCGGUACGCAAUGUACAGAAAUAAAUGGGACGAAGAGUUCCGACAUCAUCUAAGAUUGGAUCGGUUUGUUCUGCUUGAACAAACAAACGGUCUGUUGAGGCUGUCAAUGAGAUUCCCAUUGUCAGGUAAAUUUAAAUUAGAUGUUUAUGGAAAGGAUGAAAAGAUACACGAAUCAUUCGAUCUGAUAUGUUCUCAUAUGAUUCACUGUACGGUCCCAAAGAAGGAUUGCCUCCCCUUGCCUGACCAGCCGGCCAUUGGUUGGGGGCCAGUUCAGGAGACGAAGGAUUCGGGGGUAGUGCCAAUAAGCCAUAAUAGUGCCGUAAUUGUGACUGAAGACGGCAAAAUUGACAUUAAACUAGGAACCAACAAAAAAAUGGAGAUACAUCAGCUUCUAAAGAGUAUCACUUUAGAUGAAGCCACACUCAGUAAAUAUAUUCUUGUACGGGAGGAAAAUGGAGAACAUUUCAUCCACAUCAGACUUCCACAAGGUGGGGAGUAUGCUCUGAAGAUAUACGCUAAUGAAGAAGGACUCCCAGGUGAUGCGGAUAAUAUAUUAAACUACCUCAUUAGCUGCUCAAAUGAUGAUAUUCAGAAUAAACCUUUCCCCAACGUCCCCGACGGCAUGCUUGGGAAAAAGGCCAUAGCUGAAAACAUUGGAGUCAAUGCAAGAAUCCAAAAGGGUCGGUUUAAAACGAAAGAUGGUCGAAUUCGUCUUGAAUUUGCAGCAAUGAGUUAUGUAGAACUAAUGGUUGAGAUCCAUACGACAGACCCCGAGGCGAUGAAGUACCUUAAGUCAUACCGUCAGACCAUCGAAGAUAGAUGGGCGUUUGACAUAGACUUACCUGUCAAGGGAGAAUACUCCAUAAACGUUUUUGCGCGGGAAAAUCCAAAACGCAGUCGGGUGUACAAUGUCCAUUCAUAUCUCGUCUUCUCAGACGGACACGCUUAUAGAGACACCAAGGAAGAGUUUAAACCGACCAGAGUUUUAACAGAGACCAUUCAAACAGCCGAUAACGAGGCUUUGGUUCCCAUACCACGUGGUUACCUGGAUGUCGUCUGCUGUCUUCAGCGUCUCCACGCAAACGAUCCCCCGGACAGUUCUCAGAUUGAGAUCAUUGAUCACGACAGCGACAAGCUGUUCCUGGCGGAACUCAACGAUUACGGCGAGUACAUGAUGAACCUUUACGACAAGGACGAGUUCGGACUCUUAAACUGUAUAGCCCGUUACCAACUCAACCGUAAAACAACAACAGAGCUCAUGCAAGACGACCCAAUGGUGAUAAUGGACCGAAUCAAGGAAGAGGUAGAGGAGGAUGAAGACAAAUCAGAAACAAAAUCGGAAACAAUGGACAGAAAGAAAACUGGAGCUACUUUAGACAUGGUGAGAAAACGACGUCACAUUUUGAUGUUGAAACGCCGCGCCAUGGAACUGGGGGAUCGAGAUGCAUUAGAGCAGCUUAUCAUUGCUUACGAAGAAACAAAGCCGGCCGAGAAUGACCCGACGCUGACAUCCGCCAGGAAGCUGUUGCAUCUUCUCAACGCUAAAGAUCAACUUGCAGCUGCUUCCCGAACUCGCCAUCUUGAAAAACUGAAACGUGCCAUUCGUGAAGCUAAAGAGGCAAAUUAUGACGGAAUUCUUAACCUUCAGAUCGUGACAGCUGAGCGCCUGCGUGACAAACUUGCCAGGAUAGAAAAGUUACGUCACAAUAUCCUCGUCAUGGACCAAUCAACUGCAGCCGAGCUGAGAACCUACACACAUCCGCCAGAGGGCGUUCGUCAAUCAAUCAUGGCCGUCUUGGUUCUGUUAGAAUAUCCUAGAAAGGACGUUAAGGAUUGGAAGACAUGUCAGACGAUUCUCUCAAGAUCAGGAAAAGAGUCUAUUAUGCGGAAGGUUUCCAUGUUUGACCCUAAGUAUUGCUUCCUGGAUGUGGCUCUAGAGGCCAAGAGAAUCAUUUCUCCUUUCACGCUGGAGGAAAUUCGGGAUGUUAGCAAUGGCGCGGCAGCUUUUUACAACUGGGCGUCGGGAAUGAUACACGAAGUAGAACAGACAGGGGGCGCUAGUCGUCCAAUGGACGAGUGGAUGAAAGUGACCGAAGAUGUCCGAAAUGUAGAACAAACAAUCUCACGGGGUCCGGCGUCGGCCCGGACCAGUAGGUCACAUUUACCCCAGCUACCGGACAAACUCCCUAGAUACAACACCCAGGAUACCAUCAACAGAACUUACACCGUCAAGUCCCGCAAUUCUUGACCAAACAAAUCCAAAUAGCACUAAAAUCAAUUGCGAACUGAAUGCGCGAAGAUAUAAAAGACAAAGAUAUAAAGACAUAUACUUGUAUAUAAAGAUAGGAUGAAAAUAUUUUGUAUUCCUGCACAUACAUGUAUGUCAUGUAAAUUAUUUUUGAAUGGUAUAUAAAAGUAAUUUGUUCUCGUGAAUAUAUGUCACAGGCUAGCAUCUGCACAUUUUGGAAGAUGAAAAACCAGUUCAAAUGGUUAUCUUGUAUAUAUUGUAUCAGUACUUAUGAUACCAAAAAUAUUAUCCUAUGCUUUUAUGCUUGUCUUUAAAUAAACGUUAUUCAUCAAAGUAA